AUGGGCUUUUCAGAGCGGUUUCCACGUUGGAUUACAGGAAUUAUUGGCAUCAUUCAGGCAGCAUUAACUGCUGGCAUUGUGGGUUUGGAAUUAUGGUCGGCGUAUAUUGAUCUUGCUCACGGUACCAUAUGGGUAGGAUUUUGGGCUGGUCUAAUUUUCAUUCCAACAGCAUUAUUGAUGCUGUUUAUCACUUGCUGUUGUCGAGGACGUAUUUAUGGCUUUUAUGUUCUUAUUCUAACAAUACUGAGUGGCUUAUUGGCCUGUGUUGUCAUUUAUUUUGAUCAAUAUUUCUUGAACAAUCUUUGUGCCUGUUAUUUGGGCGACCAAUUGUGUUGUGCAGUCGGCAGUAUUCCAUCAUUCUCAAGUAAUUAUUCAAAUACUCUUAACACAUGUAGUACGUACCAAACAGCAGGUACAAUAUCUGCUUAUACAUGUAAAACUACACCAACCAGUAAACUACCGUUACUUAAAGCACAACUUGCUUGUGCUUGUGGUAUGCUUGUUGCUUGUGCACUUUACGCUCUUCUUUACAUUUUUGCGUGCGUCGGUAUUUGUUUUGGUCAUUAA